AUGGAACUAUCUCCUGAGUGCGGCAAGUUGUAACGGGCACCGCUGAGCUUGUUUCCCUUUGGGGCACUUCUUAUCUAGAAGCUGAGUUUAGUUUCUUCCAAACUGGGCCACUUCGCUCCCCUACCCUGUCCUGAGUAAGGAAGUAGCCGCCAAGCAUCAGCGGAGCCCCGAUGAGCCGGGGCCGCGGAGCCGCUUAGCAGUCUCCCGGGACCCAGCUCCGGAGGAGCGGCAAGCAUGCACCCUGGGUUGUGGCUGCUCCUGGUUACGUUGUGCCUGACCGAGGAACUGGCAGGAGCGGGAGAGAAGAAGCCUUAUGGAAAGCUAUGCGGGGGCCAAGACUGCAGUGGGGGCUGUAAAUGCUUUCCUGAGAAAGGAGCAAGAGGGCGACCUGGACCUAUUGGGAUUCAAGGUCCAGUGGGUCCUCAAGGAUUUGCCGGCCCUACUGGUCUAUCAGGCUUGAAAGGAGAAAGGGGCUCCCAAGGCCCACUGGGACCUUAUGGACCAAAAGGAGAUAAGGGUCCAAUGGGAGUUCCUGGCUUUCUUGGCAUCAAUGGGAUUCCGGGCCACCCUGGACAGCCAGGCCCCAGAGGACCACCUGGCCUGGAUGGCUGCAAUGGAACUCAAGGAGCUGUUGGAUUUCCAGGCCCUGAUGGCUAUCCUGGGCUUCUUGGACCACCCGGGCUUCCUGGUCAAAAAGGUUCAAAAGGUGACUCUGUCCUCGCUCAAGAUAGUUUCAGAGGAAUGAAGGGGGAUCCUGGGCUGCCUGGACUGGAUGGAAUUAUUGGCCCACAAGGAGCACCCGGAUCUCCUGGAGCUGAAGGACCCGUAGGACCACCAGGAUUGCAAGGUCCUCCAGGCCCUCCUGGUCUCCUUGGUCCUGAUGGAAAUAUGGGGUUAGGUUUCCAAGGAGAAAAAGGAGCCAAGGGGGAUGUUGGCCUUCCUGGCCCAGCAGGACCUCCACCAUCUACUGGGGAGCUGGAAUUCAUGGGGUUUCCCAAAGGGAAGAAAGGAUCCAAGGGGGAACCAGGGCCUAAGGGGUUCCCAGGCAUAAGCGGCCCACCAGGCUUCCCGGGAUUUGGAACUACUGGAGAAAAGGGAGAAAAAGGAAUCCCCGGUUUGCCAGGACCUAGGGGUCCCAUAGGUUCAGAAGGAGUCCAAGGCCCUCCAGGGAGACAGGGCAAGAAGGGGUCCCCAGGUUUCCCUGGGCUUAAUGGAAUUCCAGGAAUUAAGGGUGAAAAGGGCGGCAUUGGCCUGCCAGGCCCAGACGUUUUCAUCGAUAUAGAGGGUGCUGUGAUCUCAGGUUAUCCUGGAGACCCCGGUGCACCAGGCCUCCCAGGCCUUAAAGGAGAUGAAGGUGUCCAGGGCCUGCGUGGCCCUACUGGUGUCCCUGGCUUGCCAUCACUACCAGGUGUCCCAGGUGCCUUAGGGCCGCAAGGAUUUCCAGGCCUGAAAGGGGGCCGAGGAAACCCAGGCCGCACCACAAUUGGGGCAGCUGGCCUCCCUGGCAGAGAUGGUUUGCCAGGCCCGCCAGGCCCACCUGGCCCACCUGGUCCAGCAUUUGAUACUGGAACCCUGCACAAAACAGAGCCAGGGUUCCCUGGUCUCCGAGGAGAACGAGGGCCAAAAGGAAACCCAGGCCUCAAAGGAGUAAAAGGGGACUCAGGUUUUUGUGCUUGUGAUGGUGGAGUCCCCAACACUGGACCACCAGGGGAACCAGGCCUGCCUGGGCCACAAGGUCUCAUAGGCCUUCCAGGCCUUAAAGGAACCAGAGGAGAUCCAGGCUCUGGGGGCACACAGGGCCCAGCAGGGGAUCCAGGUUUAUUUGGGCCUCCAGGUCUUGUAGGCCCUAAAGGAGAGAAGGGGGAACCAAUUCUCGGUACAAGAUCAGGGAUGCCAGGGGACCAGGGUGAUCGUGGCCCCCAGGGGUUCCCUGGUGCGACAGGAGCCCCAGGCAAGGAUGGAGUACCAGGUUUGCCAGGUCUGCCAGGCCUUCCGGGUGAUGGUGGACAGGGCUUCCCAGGUGAAAAGGGGUUACCAGGACUUCCUGGUGUAAAAGGCCAUCCCGGUCCAACUGGCGUCCCAGGAAUUGGGCUGCCAGGACCUCUUGGACCUCGUGGGCUUCCUGGAGAUAAAGGAGUAGAUGGAUUACCAGGGCAACAAGGACCUGCUGGGCCUCCAGGUGACUGCUGCUGCAGGGAGAAGGUUGGUAAAGGAGACUUAGACACAGAGGGAGGAGUCAUCCUGCCUUGUAUUAUUCCCGGGUCAUAUGGUCCAUCAGGAUUCCCAGGAACUCCUGGAUUCCCAGGCCCUAAAGGGGCCCGUGGACUCCCUGGGACUCCAGGCCAGCCCGGAUCACAUGGAAAUAAAGGAGAGCCUGGGAGUCCAGGAGUAGUUCACCUCCCUGAAUUGCCAGGAUUUCCUGGACCUCGUGGGGAGAAGGGCUUGCCUGGGUUUCCUGGGCUCCCUGGAAAAGAUGGCUUACCUGGGAAGGUUGGCAGUCCAGGUUUACCAGGUUCCAAGGGAGCCCCUGGUGACAUCUUUGGUGCUGAAAAUGGUGCUCCGGGGGAGCAAGGCCUACAGGGAUUGCCAGGGGACAGAGGAUUUCCUGGAGACUCUGGCCUUCUAGGACCUAAGGGUAUACUUGGGAAGGCUGGCUUGCUAGGCCCCAAAGGUGAACGGGGCAGCCCUGGAACACCAGGACACAUGGGACAGCCAGGGCCCCCAGGGUCUGGUGGUCUGUAUGGCACCAAAGGCAAACCUGGACCCCCAGGAGCACCAGGCUUUCCAGGCAUUUCGGGAAAUCCUGGAAAGAAAGGUCCAAGAGGCGAGAUAGGUCCCCCUGGAUCAACUGGAAAGAGAGGUUUUCCUGGGUUGAAAGGCCUUCCUGGAUCUCCAGGGCUGACUGGCUUGCUGGGAAAUGCAGGCUUGCCAGGGAGCACUGGGUUGCCAGGCCUUCCAGGCCCGAAGGGUGAGAAGGGCUCCAUUGGACUGAUAGGUUUUCCGGGGAUACCAGGUCUGCCUGGUAUUCCUGGAGCAAGUGGAUUAAAAGGAAUUCCAGGGUCAGCUGGAAAAGUAGGACCAUCUGGACAGGAUGGUAGUCCUGGUGAAAAGGGAGACAGAGGCAAACCGGGGCCAGUUGGAAUGCCCAGUCUAAGACCUCCAAUGCUGAACCUUUGGCUCAAAGGAGACAAAGGCUCUCAGGGCUCAGCCGGAUCAGAUGGAUUUCCUGGGCCCAGAGGUGACAAAGGAGAGGCUGGCCGCCCUGGGCUACCAGGCCUGCCUGGAGCUCCUGGCUUCCCCAGCACCAUCAAAGGACUUAUUGGGAGGCCAGGCUUUCCUGGCUCCCCAGGACUACGGGGCUUACCUGGCCUGAAGGGGUCCCCGGGGAUCACAGGUUUCCCAGGAAUGCCAGGAGAAAGUGGUUCACAGGGUCUCAGUGGAGCUCGUGGAUUCCCAGGACCAUCUGGUCUCCCAGGCUUAAAAGGAGAUCAAGGCCAAGUGCUUGAAAUUUCUGGUAGCCCAGGACCCAAGGGACAACGUGGAGACUCUGGAUUUAAAGGUGCAAAAGGAAAAGACGGACUAGCUGGUGAUGUGGGUUUCCCAGGAAAGAAAGGUGAAGAUGGGAAAAUUGGUAUUUCUGGAGAUGUUGGCCUCCCUGGCUCCCCAGGACUUCCCGGGAUUGCAGGUGUGAGAGGAGAACCAGGACUUCCAGGUUCCUCUGGUCAUGCAGGGGUAACUGGGCCCCUAGGACUACCUGGCUUAAUAGGACCCAAAGGCUUUCCUGGAUUUCCUGGUUUGCAUGGACUCAAUGGGCUUCCAGGCACUAAGGGCACCCAUGGCACUCCAGGACCCAGUAUUACCGGAGUGCCUGGGCCUGCCGGUCUGCCUGGACCCAAAGGGGACAAAGGUUCUCCAGGAAUUGGUAUCGGAACUCCAGGGAAGCCGGGUCUAAAGGGACAAAAAGGUGGUCGAGGUUUCCCAGGUCUCCAAGGCCCUGCUGGUCUCCCUGGUGCCCCAGGCAUCUCCUUGCCCUCAGUCAUAGCAGGACAGCCUGGUGACCCCGGGCGACCAGGCCUAGAUGGAGAACGAGGCCGCCCAGGCCUCCCUGGGCCCCCAGGUCCCCCUGGGCCAUCCUCGGAUCAAGGUGACCCCGGAGACCCUGGCGUCCCUGGAAUUUCUGGCCCUCUAGGGCCCAAGGGAGACCAAGGAGUUCCAGGUUUCUCUGGCCUCCCUGGAGAGCUAGGACUGAAAGGCACGAGAGGUGAGCCUGGCUUCAUGGGGACUCCAGGCAAGGCUGGGCCACCUGGAGACCCAGGAUUUCCCGGAAUGAAGGGGAAGGCGGGGCCAAGAGGCUUUUCUGGCCCCCGAGGUGCUCCUGGAAAAACACCAAUUGCAGAAGCUGUCCAGGUUCCUCCUGGACCCUUGGGUCUACCAGGCAUCGAUGGCAUUCCUGGCCUCACAGGGGACCCUGGGGUUCUAGGCCCUGUGGGCCUACGAGGCCCCAAAGGUUUACCUGGCAUCCCAGGCAAAGAUGGUCCCAGCGGGCUCCCUGGCCUGCCUGGGGCUCUUGGCGAUCCUGGUCUCCCCGGACUGCAAGGCCCUCCAGGAUUUGAAGGAGCUCCAGGGCAGCAAGGCCGCUUCGGGAGGCCCGGAAUGCCUGGCCAGAGCGUGAGAGUGGGCUACACAUUGGUGAAGCACAGCCAGUCAGAACAGGUGCCCCUGUGUCCUGUCGGGAUGAGCCAGCUGUGGGUGGGUUACAGCUUGCUGUUCGUGGAGGGGCAGGAGAAAGCCCACAACCAGGACCUGGGGUUUGCUGGCUCCUGCCUACCCCGCUUCAGCACCAUGCCCUUCAUCUACUGCAACAUCAACGAAGUGUGCCACUAUGCCAGGCGCAACGAUAAAUCCUACUGGCUCUCCACCACUGCCCCCAUCCCCAUGAUGCCCGUCGGCCAGGCCCAGAUUCCCCAGUACAUCAGCCGCUGCUCUGUGUGCGAGGCGCCCUCACAGGCCAUUGCUGUGCACAGCCAGGACAUCACCAUCCCACAGUGCCCCCUGGGCUGGCGCAGCCUCUGGAUUGGGUACUCCUUCCUCAUGCACACUGCUGCCGGUGCCGAGGGCGGGGGCCAGUCCUUGGUCUCGCCUGGCUCCUGCCUGGAGGACUUUCGGGCCACUCCUUUCAUCGAGUGCAGUGGUGCCCGAGGCACCUGCCAUUACUUUGCCAACAAGUACAGUUUCUGGCUGACGACGGUGGAGGAGAGGCAGCAGUUUGGGGAGGAGCCCGUGUCUGAAACGCUGAAAGCCGGGCAGCUCCACACCCGGGUCAGCCGCUGCCAGGUGUGUAUGAAAAGCCUGUAGGGCGGCGCCCGCCACUCUGCCCCUUGCCCUCCCCUCCCGCUCACAACAGUCACCUCACAAGCCUGAAUGGUCUGAAGAGGAAGACCAGAGCCCUGUCAAGCUGUACAUUGGAGUCUCACUUGGGCUGGACUGCUGGACACUGGUCACCCAAACCCUCAGGCCCAAUAGAUGAGCCCACCCUGCUCACUUCUGCUGGCCCAUUUCACUCGACCUGGUGCUACCAUUGGAUUUGGAUGUUCGUGUGACUAUUUGUGGCUACCUCAGAAAGAUUUUCUGGGUCUCUAGUUCCUCACUGUCUCGGUCAGAAAGCUCUUCAUAAUGGCUAAUGAGUCAUUUCUUCAUGUCCAGGGGUCACUGCAUGUUAUUUAGCUUAAACCAAAACCCGGUGUUUCCACAUUAAAAAGAAAAAUCUCUUGCUGAACAUUCAUGGAUGGCUCAAGUCUGCCUAGGACGAGCCCUCACUCUCCAAGGAGGCCCAUUGUGUCUAGGCAGGCAACGGAACUGGAACGAGGUGCUAGCCAGUAGCCCAGAAUGAGCUUUGACUCCUUCCAGAGUGAGCAAGACUGGGCUCCACAUCGUUUAGGGAGGCUUGAGGGCCAGCAGGUGAGAGGGCCUCAUUGACAUCACACAGUCCUAGAAAAAUCACUUCCUCCUUGCGGGCACCCUCCCCAGCCAGAGACAGAGGACUUGGCCUGGUCCAAAGUACAGCAGAGGAUGCAACAAAUGUGGCCAAGCCCAUGAAAGGAAAUGAGAACCACAGCCCUUUUUCCUGGGCCGGGGGUAGAGGGGAGGAUGGGUAGGGAGGUGUGAAUUUUGCUUUUGACUCCAGGAACAAAAAGGUAAAUUCCAUGUCCUGACUUCUCUGAAGGCCCUGUUUAUUCCAAAUGCCAUCCAGAUGUGUGCAAUGUGGCAAAGUAAAGCUGCAGUGUGUUGGUUCCUUUGCAUUCUGAGGCUGUUAGAGACUUUCUGUUAAAGUGGUCAUCCAACUGCUCUUUCACAGGUAGCCUGUUAAACUAUUUUAAUAUGUUUUUAAAACCUCAUAAAAAUUUAGCACACUCCUCUCUUGAGCAGUUAGCAGAGCUAAAGCAAGCCUAAGUUGGCUAUAAAGUACAUUGUAUUCUGUUUGGGGGGAUUUGUUUGAGACAUUUUCUUUAAUUACCAGUUCCCCAGAACGCAGCUAGGUUGACAUGAGGCAGUUCCUUCCAGGUGAUUCUGUAUCCUUAAGUAUUAUGUAAACUGUGCCAACACAGACAAAGCAUAACCAGUGUAAUCUGAGUUAUUAUCUUCACCUCCUAGCUAAGUAAUAAGCACAGUGUCAGCUUUGUACAUAGCAAAUAAAAUAAAUAUGAACAUUUGA